AUGUCGCUAAAGGCUGUACGUGUUCAACGUCCAAGAGAGCCGCAAUGCCCCAGAGAAGCACCUGCGGUGAAGGCAUGUGAAGAACAGGAGAAGGAAUGGGUUGCAGAGCCCGAGUCUGGAGUGCUUAUAACUUUGGUGUCGCUGCCUGAUGGAGGAAACAACAUAAAGAAGAUACGUUUCAGUCAGAAGAUGUUCGACGAUUUGGGAGCUCAGAGAUGGUGGAGCGAAAACUACGACAAGAUCAUGGAGCUCUACAGCAUCGGUCCAGGCCACUCGUCCCCAACACCACCUCCAUCGGAUAACGAGCCGACCACUGACGCGGUUGGAGCUGAAGAAUCCAUUGUGCCAUUGCGCUCCUCCGGGAGCUCUGCGGCCAGUUCCUCCAAAGUUGAAGAGCUGGCGACGACAGAGGCCGCCGUGGAGAUCCAAGACAAGGUGUUGGAGUGGGUCGUGGAAGAUGAGCCCGGCGUCUUCGUCACCCUGCGUUCGACGCCGAGCGGCUCCAGGGAGAUACUGCGAAUCGAAUUCAGACGCGAGAGAUUCGGCGAGGUGAAAGCAAGGGUGUGGUGGGAAGAAAACAAGGCCAGGCUAUGGAAGCAGUACGCGUAG